GGCCAGCCUCCACAGGCCCCUGGGAAUUGCAGGCAAGAGCUGGGUAGGAGGAGAGCAGUUCCUGGAAGAUGCGGCCAGUUGCUGCAGGCACUUUCAAGGCACUAGUGUUUAUUUUCUCCUCCCUGUGCGCCUGGUAUUCUGGGUACCUGCUUGCGGAGCUCAUUCCUGACGUGCCCCUCUCCAGCACUCUCUACAGCAUCCGGAGCAUAGGAGAGAGACCUGUCCUCAAAGCCCCUGCCCCCAAAAGGCAAAAAUGUGACCACUGGGCCCCAUGUCCUCCGGACACCUAUGCCUACCGGCUGCUCAGUGGUGGUGGCCGAGACAAAUAUGCCAAGAUCUGCUUUGAGGACGAGCUGUUAUUAGGAGAGAAGAUUGGGAAUGUGGCAAGAGGGAUAAACAUUGCUAUCGUUAACUAUGAGACUGGAAAGGUGACAGCAACAAAGUACUUCGAUAUGUAUGAAGGCGAUAACUCUGGGCCAAUGGCCAAGUUCAUUCAGGACACCCCCAAGAAAUCCCUGCUGUUCAUGGUGACCCAUGAUGACGGGAGCUCCAGACUGCAGGCCCAAGCGAAGGAUGCCAUAGAAGCCCUUGGAAGCAAAGAAGUUAAGAACAUGAAGUUCAGGUCAAGCUGGGUAUUUGUUGCAGCAAAGGGCUUUGAGCUUCCUUCAGACAUCGAGAGAGAAAAAAUCAACCACUCGGAUCAGUCCAAGAACAGAUACUCGGGCUGGCCAGCAGAGAUCCAGAUCGAAGGAUGCAUACCCAAAGGACUGAGAUAGCCAUGCCUGGGCCUCAAUAAACGUGUUUUGUACAGAUACACACAGCUGGGCUAUCCCAAAGUCGGCUCCCUUGACGUCCAGCUGUGAGGCAAAAUGUUGAUGUGGAU